AUGAUGAAAUUCAAGGUUUCCGGCCUUGUGGCCGACCUCAUGCCCAACAUCAGACUCAUCCAAGGCUCGGGUCACUUCAUGUUGAACUACCAUGCAGACAACUCCGGAGCCUUACACACCUUAAGAUUAGGCUACUGUUGCGUAACCUUAGUCUUCAUGCUACUACAAUACGGCUGCAACUUCGUCAACCUGGUCCUCGAACGAGGCGACGUCAACGACCUAGCCGCUAACACCAUCACUGUCCUCUUCUUCACCCACUGCAUCACCAAAUUCGUGUACUUCGCGGUGCGGUCGAAACUGUUCUACAGGACCCUAGGUAUCUGGAACCAACCCAACAGUCAUCCUCUCUUCGUGGAAUCCAACAACCGGUACCACGCGCUAGCGUUGAAGAAGAUGAGGCGGUUGCUGUACAUUAUCAUAGUGUGGACAUCCUUCAGUGCUAUCGCCUGGACAUCCAUCACUUUCGUGGGGGAGAGUGUGCACACGACUAAGGACCCAGAGAACGAGAAUUUGACCAUUUCGGAGCCGAUCCCGAGACUGCUGGUGCGAGCGUGGUACCCGUGGAACGCCAUGUCCGGGAUGCCCCACAUGCUUACUCUCAUAUUCCAAGUCUACUACGUGUUUUUCGCCCUCGCCCAUGCGAAUCUCUUGGACAGUCUCUUCUGUUCAUGGUUGAUUUUCGCGUGCGAGCAGCUGCAGCACCUGAAGGAGAUCAUGAAGCCACUGAUGGAACUAUCGGCGACUUUGGAUACGUACGUUCCGAAGAGUGCCGAUUUGUUCCGAGCUCCAAGCGCAACAUCUCAAGACAAUCUAAUAGAGAAUGACUAUAAUUCCAAGAAUGAAGAUCUAAAGGGGGUUUAUAGUACCCGGCAGGAACUGGGAGGGCAUUUCCGGGGAGCUGCCCUUCAGAACUUCGGUGCAGGGGGGGUUGGACCCAAUGGUCUGACCAAAAAGCAGGAGUUGAUGGUGAGGUCGGCUAUCAAGUAUUGGGUGGAGAGGCACAAGCACGUGGUCAGGUUGGUAACCGCCAUCGGCGACGCCUACGGUGUGGCUCUCCUCCUCCACAUGUUGACCUCGACCAUCAUGCUAACCCUCCUCGCCUACCAAGCCACCAAAAUCACCGGAGUCGACAAGUACGCAGCAACCGUCAUAGGCUACCUCCUCUUCGCCCUAGCCCAAGUAUUUCACUUCUGCAUCUUCGGCAACCGCCUCAUCGAAGAAAGCUCCUCGGUCAUGGAAGCAGCCUACAGCUGCCACUGGUACGACGGCUCCGAGGAGGCCAAAACCUUCGUCCAGAUCGUGUGUCAACAAUGUCAGAAGGCCAUGUCGAUCUCCGGCGCCAAGUUCUUCACGAUUUCGCUGGACUUGUUCGCCUCGGUGCUGGGUGCCGUUGUUACCUACUUCAUGGUGCUGGUACAACUCAAGUGAGGCAGGAGGCGUUUUAUCAUUUUUAUCAAGUUGCUAGAGGCGCUCACUUUUUCUUUAUCGAUUAUAAAAAUGACAGUCGGUAUGAGUUCCUCUUGACUCAGCACGCGAGACAUAAUUUUCGUUUGAAGUUAGGUUAGGAGCACGAGGCCACGUGACACUCCGGUGGCACUCAAACUGACUUUUUAUAAAUCAGACUUGUGAUAAUCAUAGUUGAAUUUUUCAAUUACAUUGUUGUCGAUGUUAAAUUUUUAAAUAUGUAAUGAUAAGGUUAAUGUUUAUAUAAAUUUGAGGUUAGGUCUGCACCUCCGUUCUAAUUUUCUCGAAAGAGUGCACCGACAGCAUUCAUAAGUGUCUUAAAAAUUUAUCAUACAGAACGUAGUGGAGACGUUUUGACACUUCAAGUACCUGACGAUGGCGGUGAUGACUUUAGACUAGUGUAUUUUCGA